GCGGCGGGGGCUACCAUGGAGGGCCUGGCCGGCUAUGUGUACAAGGCGGCCAGCGAGGGGAGGGUGCUGACCCUGGCCGCCCUGCUCCUGAACCGGUCCGAAAGCGACAUCCGCUACCUGCUGGGCUAUGUCAGCCACCAGGGAGGGCAGCGCUCCACGCCGCUCAUCAUCGCGGCGCGCAACGGGCAUGCCAAGGUGGUGCGCCUGCUGCUGGAGCACUACCGAGUGCAGACCCAGCAGACUGGCACCGUCCGCUUCGACGGUUAUGUCAUUGAUGGAGCCACCGCUCUCUGGUGUGCAGCAGGAGCUGGACAUUUUGAAGUUGUCAAACUUCUAGUCAGUCAUGGAGCCAACGUGAACCAUACUACAGUAACCAACUCAACACCCUUGCGGGCUGCAUGCUUUGAUGGCAGAUUGGACAUCGUUAAAUAUCUGGUAGAAAAUAAUGCCAACAUCAGCAUUGCCAACAAAUAUGACAACACUUGCCUUAUGAUUGCAGCUUAUAAAGGACACACGGAUGUGGUCAAAUAUCUUUUAGAACAACAUGCAGAUCCCAAUGCCAAAGCACAUUGUGGGGCUACGGCAUUACACUUUGCAGCAGAAGCUGGGCACUUGGAGAUUGUACGAGAGUUGGUGAGGUGGAAAGCUGCAAUGGUGGUGAAUGGCCACGGAAUGACUCCGUUAAAAGUAGCUGCUGAAAGCUGUAAGGCAGAUGUUGUUGAAUUAUUACUUUCUCAUGCUGAUUGUGACCGAAAAAGUAGAAUUGAAGCUUUGGAACUUUUGGGUGCCUCAUUUGCAAAUGACCGAGAGAACUAUGACAUAAUGAAGACAUACCACUAUUUAUAUUUAGCGAUGUUGGAGAGAUAUCAAGAUCGUGAAAACAUUAUUGAAAAAGAGGUUCUUCCACCCAUUGAUGCUUAUGGAAAUAGAACUGAAUGCAGAAAUCCUCAGGAACUAGAGUCCAUUAGGCAAGACAGAGAUGCUCUUCACAUGGAAGGCCUGAUAGUUCGUGAACGGAUUUUAGGCUCAGAUAAUAUUGAUGUUUCUCAUCCUAUCAUUUAUCGGGGGGCUGUUUAUGCUGAUAACAUGGAAUUUGAACAGUGUAUCAAGUUGUGGCUUCAUGCUUUGCAUUUGCGGCAAAAAGGUAACAGAAACACUCACAAAGAUCUUUUAAGGUUCGCUCAAGUUUUCUCACAGAUGAUUCAUCUUAAUGAACCGGUAAAAGCCAAGGACAUAGAAAGUGUUUUGAGAUGUAGUGUUUUAGAAAUAGAACAAGGGAUGUCUAGGAUGAAAAGUACUCAAGACGCUGAUAUCCACACCGCCUUGGACAACUAUGAAUGCAAUAUUUUUACCUUUUUAUAUUUGGUGUGCAUCUCCACAAAAACACAGUGCAGUGAGGAAGAUCAGUCAAGAAUUAACAAGCAGAUUUACAACUUGAUUCACCUUGAUCCCAGAACUCGAGAAGGGUCAAGCUUAUUGCAUCUUGCUGUCAACUCUAAUACCCCAGUAGAUGACUUCCACACAAAUGAUGUCUGCAGCUUUCCCAAUGCACUAGUCACUAAACUGCUUUUAGACUGUGGUGCUGAGGUGAAUGCUGUUGACAGUGAGGGAAAUAGUCCUCUUCAUAUUAUCGUUCAGUACAACAGGCCUAUCAGUGAUUUUUUGACCUUGCAUUCUAUCAUCAUUAGCCUAGUGGAAGCUGGCGCUCACACCGACAUGACAAACAAACAGAAGAAGACUCCGCUAGACAAAAGUACAACGGGGGUGUCUGAAAUAUUACUUAAAACUCAAAUGAAGCUGAGCCUUAAGUGCCUGGCUGCCCGAGCAGUUCGGAUUUAUAACAUUAACUACCAAAACCAGAUCCCCAGAACUCUUGAAGAGUUUGUUGAAUUUCAUUAGGUGACUGGAUAUGUAAAAUCUUUAAAUGUGGUGCUAAAAAAGUAAAGGACUUUAAUCACAGACAAUAGAAUUACGUGUUUAUAAAUUCUACUUCUCUAUCCAUUACCCUUCCUUUCCCUUGGUCCUAUCCUUAGUUCUAUAUAUGGUCUCUCUUGCUCAGACAGGAGUCAAUUAUAAAUAACAUCCCAAGGAAAAUCUUGGUAUAACCAUAAUAUAGUGUCUUUGGAUAUUGGUCAGGUUACCUCUCCCUGCCUCUUUUUUAAAGGAACAAAUAUAAAAUAUUUUGUUUAAUCGUACUAAGGUACAUUUAUGAUUUGCAGUUGAUAAUGUUUUAAACAGCUAUGUACAAAGGUAUUUCUGUUUAAAAGCCUAUCUCAACAUGUGAUCUAUGCAGCAGUUUUGAGGAUUUCAAGUUUUCUUUUAGAGAAAAGGAAGAACUAGAAAAUAACAUGAUAAAAGUAAUCCAGUGAUUCAAUGAAGUUGCCCAUUAUGGUUGUCAGUUCACACAAACAAUUGGCAGGUUUUUUUUUUUCCCACUCUUCCAGUGAUCUUUUUUUUUUUUUUUUGAAUGAAAUAGAAACAACACAUUAAAACAUAAAAGAGGAUUUGGAAAAAUACAGGAUUAAAUUAUUGUGGAUAAAUAUGCUAAUCUAAUAAUGGUUGCAAAUUAUAAUUCAAUCCAUUGAAAUUGUUGCAGUUUGCUAUGUUGAAUGUGAGAAGGAAUAGUAACAAAAAACAAUUUGAAUCUUUUUGGAGAAUGUUGAAGAGGAACUUCUAGAAAAUAAGCAGGCUUUUAUUCUCAAACUCUUUUUCCAGUAGGUUGAGUUCUAAAAUUCUUUGUUGAUAUUUUCAUAUGAUUUGUACAACUUGAAACAGGCAACAUUUGAACUAGAAUUUCCAGUAAUGUGUGAAUUAUGAAUGUUAGCCUUUAAAAUGAAACAGAUUGUCACAACAUGAUUGUAAGUCCUGUUUCAUGCCACCUACCUUCACUACUCACUUUACCCUCCUGUGGUGUCUUCCUUUUGAAUAUGAAAACCACUUUUCCAGGGGGAAUAGCUAGUGCCUCCCUAAGAAGAUGCUUAUGACAGGUGAAAGGGAACCUGGAUACUUUUAAAAACAUUUUUUCUUUUAUUAGUCUCUGAUAAAGGUAGAAUAAUCACAAGUGUGGUGUGAAAUGAAUUUUUUUUUUUAUGAUGAAAAGUGAUUUGUAUAAUGUUACUUUGAAAAGGUACUUCUGUCUGAGAGCUAUAGAUUUUUCAACAAUUGAAUGUUAUAUUUGUUCUGACAGGCUAUUUGGAAUGUUUUGUUGAUUGUUUUUAACUGCAAUUUUUAAAACUGUCAGAUUAAAAAAAUAUUUUGUGAUUAAAAAAAAAAGUAGACCAGAAAUUCAGAGGGAAGAUACACAUCUGAAAUGUGAAUUUAGUUUGUAAUAACUCCAUUUCCUGUCUGGUGCCAAAUGAACUACUCAACUACUAUAAGUGUGGACGUGUAACUUUUGUUUAAUGAAAAAUUUUUUGGUUUGUCACAAUUCCAGACCCUCAAAUGAAAAAAAAAAAAAACAACCAACAACUGAUGUUUUAAUUUGUGUUUUAUAUGUGUAUGUUGCUUUGUGUGGGGUAAUAAUAAAGGUUCCAAUUUAAGCAGUGUAGAACAGAAUGACCAAGCCAAACUCAACCACCUGGGGCCUUAAAUAGUGCAACACCACAAAAUGAAAUGCUUGUUUUUUUUUGGUGGGGGGAAGCAUGGGAGGGAUAUUAAUUCUUUUUUCCUUUCAAGGAUGUUUGGGGGGAAAAUGUGCAAGAUAAUUUUACAGUUAUGACAAUUUUAUAUUUGUGUGUCUUUCUGCUUCAGUUAGAAUUAUAUGGAUUAUGAAUUGAGUAACAGUAAUUGAUUUUUAUUUUGUCUAAACUAAGAUUUUAUGAGAAAAGUUUUCAGUCUGAUUUGGUUUAAAUGAAAUAUUUUAAUAAUUUUAAUUUUAAAAUUACAGGCCUUGAUCCUACCAGUGAGUAGGUAGCACUGUCCCUUAUUUCUUGGUGCUCUGAAAAAGGUUACAGUUCUGAAAGAGGAUUAGUCUAUACCUUCUUAUUGUUAGGAUCAAGUUCUUUAUAUUACACUCAAGGGCCUUCUUAUUUUACGGUUCCAAGGAGCAAAUGGGAUCUUCUUGGCACUUAUUUGGUGAUAUUAUUAAAGUUGAUAUGUUCUUAAGACACCAAAAUUAAAAAUAGCAAAUAUAUUGUACUUCUUUCACUAUAUUUGUUCUAGAAUUUAAUUCUGCACCUUUUUCCCUGGACCACAACUGUGUUAUACUUUGCUAAUUUGUGAUGUUCCUAUAAAAUGAUACAAAUGAUCACUUAUGGAUAUACAGGCUUCUGUAGGUUUAAAAAAACCCCAGUUAUUUAAAAAAGGGAGGACUAAAUGCUGAGAACGAGUAAGGCUGUAUUGAUUACAAUGCUGGCAAAAAUAGGAGAAAGUAUUUGAUAACAUUUGAAUAAAAUAUGAAUUGCUCCAAUGUUAAUUGGUAACUAAUGUACUGUUAUUUACAGUAGAACUUCAUUGCACUAUAUUGCUCAGGAUGUAAUUCCAACUUGUAAAAUAAAUUAAGAUAUGUAUUGUAAAAUAUCUGUAUAAAACAUUCUUGGAACAAGUGAUCUAUAAGCCUGUUUUUGCUUUUCUUGUUUUGUUUUUUUAUAUAGCUGAUAUAAAGUAUGUUUGGCUUAACUCUUCCCAAACUCUCUCAACUUACAGAAAAAAACAAAAACAAAAACUACCAAACAGAAAAUAAAGCUGGUAUUUAUUAGUACCUUAGCUUUCUUCAUACUGUAUGUUGUUCAUUUUUCAGUCACUUGCACUGGUUUGUGUUCAUCCUUUGGUGUGGGGAUGUCCUGUUUUGUCAAUAUUUUUAAAAUACUAUUACAGAUCUCAGAAUUGCUUUGUGCUGCUCAGCAAUUGCCAUAUAUGUUUGCACAUAACUAACGGCCUAGAAGUACUUUCAGAAACCACAAGAAACUUGUUGGGAUUUUGCCUUAUUUUAACACAUCUGGUAACAGAAUUUUGUACUUAAAUGGCUAUUUAAUCUGAGGAAUGGACAGCAAUUCAAUGCCAACUGACAAGAAGUAUGGGAAAGUGUGAAGAAAAGGUCUGUUCUUAAAGCUGAAAACAUGGGUUCUCCAGUGCACAAUUUGGAUUUCACAAUAAGAAUUGGUAUUGUCUUCCCAACAAAUAGCCUUAAACAUACCACCUGAUCCCAGCUACUAUGUUGAAUGGGAACUUUAAAAAAAUCAUGGUCAUCAAGUUUUGAUUUUUUUUCUCCCUCUGUACAUGGUAAGAGGUAUGUUUCCAAAUACUGGAAGUUUAAUGACAGCUGGUAAAUUUUAAAAGGAUGUUCUCAUUACACAUUAACUUUGAGUAGCUGGAUUGGAUUUUUAAGAUAGUUUGGGGCAGAACCUAUAUCACUGUUAAUAUUUUUCAAAGAGAAAUCUAAAGUAAACAGCACCCAAUGGCCAGUUCUUCACUAGAAUUGGGACUAGAAUUAUUUGGAUUAUUCAGGCUACUUCCAUUUUUUUGUACUUUUCAAGCAGAAAGUUUUUUCGAAAAAAACCUAAAUUAUCCACAUAAUUGUUUUAGAUCUCCAUUUUGCAGGCAGGAAAACAGUUUGUGGAUGAGUUAGCAAGUAAAUAAAGACAGGUAAAACAAAUAUAAAGGGCUUAUUUUUAUGACAACUUGUUUUUAUGCUUCUAAAAAUAAAAUAACUACUGAAUACAGUCAGUAUGUCAUUGAACAGCAGAAGUCAAGGUACUAUAACACUAAAUGGAUCAUUUUGUAGUUUGUUCAGUACAAAGGUAUUCUGCAGUAUCUUAGGGCUUUGUCUUCAGCUCUACUCUGAAAAGCUGUGGAGCUUGAAGAGAAAGGUUUUUUAAAAGCAGAAAAUUGCUCAUAGUUUAAUGGUAACUCCUAAGAAGGUAUGCCAGGUUUCAAUGCCAUUUAUGUUGUAGGCUUUUUAGCAAAAUUGCUCACAUUUGGGUAGAUUAAUAGGUUGCUCCCUUUUUUACAUGAAGGUAGAGCUACUCUUCCAGCCUUGUAAACUUUCCCUAUUGUGGGAUCUACAGUAGUUAUUACACCGAGACUGCUAGGAAGAAGAUAUAUUAGUUUGUAAAUUGUAAAAUAAAUAUUGUGCUGUAUUCAUGUUAGAAUAGUUGAAUUUUAGUUUUGCAUUACUCUUUAAGGAAGGUACAACGAUUUUAUAAAUUGUGAAGUGUGUCCUGACAUCUGUGUGCCAGGUUAUGAUACUGCUAAAUGAUUAGCACCUUUUCAAUUUGGGUUUCAUGCUGGGAAUACAGGGUCCAAUAUGUUGUAGAGGUAGGAUCUAAAUCAGCUCAGUCAGCUUAAGAAGGCAUUAUUAGUGGAGACAAAAUUAAGCUUGCAAGCUAUAAAAUGAAAAAUUUCUUAUUUUAAAUUUGUGAUUAUUGUCCGUUGUUUAUGGCUUAAAGGCCUCUUAAGAGUUGGAAUGUUAGGAGAGAAGGGUAAAUGAAAACUGUUCUUUCCUAUAUUGUGUACCCUUUCUUUGCUGCAAAACUUGGAAGUGGGAGAGACAGGGAAACUGUAUAGGCUGAAUCUAAUCUCUUGGAAAGUCUUUUGCCUCUGGCUUCAAAAUUGCCUCACCCUUGAUACCCUUUUAAGAUGAUCUGCAUUGCUGUACUCCAGUAAUUUCACUGUGAUUUAUAACUUACCAAUGAUGUCAUUCUGUUGUGCACUUUUGUCAAAUUGUUUACCCAAUUUUAAUAAAGAGAGUAAACCUGUCAAUUGCA